AUGCUGGUGAAGAAGGUUGAGCAACAGGAACUCUCAGACAUUGCUGGUGGAAACACAGGCUGGGAGAGCCACUUUGGAAGACAAUUUGCAUCGCUUCUGACCACCUUUUUAUCAGCUUUUCACUGUUCAGGACAUCCGAGUUUCUUCCCUGCUUUCAGCCUGGCUUUCUUCUGCAGAUCCCUAGCACAACACAGACGAGAGGUUGUGGAAGAGACAGUGAGCCAGAGGAGAGGCCUGGACGCCUAUUCCUAUACCAGAUAUCACCCCAUGGAGGAGAUCUAUCAGUGGAUGAUCCAGAUAAGUGAGAAGUACGCAGAAGUCGUGACACAGCAUUUCUUGGGAAUGACCUAUGAGACCCGGCCCAUGUAUUAUUUGAAGAUCAGUCAACCAUCCAAUAAUCCCAAGAAGAUCAUUUGGAUGGACUGUGGAAUUCAUGCCAGGGAAUGGAUUGCCCCAGCUUUUUGCCAAUGGUUUGUGAAAGAAAUUCUACAAAACUAUAAAGACGACUCAAGGAUAAAAAAGUUGCUUAGAAACCUGGACUUUUAUGUGCUUCCCGUUCUGAACAUAGAUGGUUAUAUCUACACUUGGACAACUGAUCGGCUUUGGAGGAAAUCCCGUUCAUCACACAAUAAUGGCACAUGUUUUGGGACAGAUCUCAAUCGAAAUUUCAAUGUAUCGUGGUGUAGCAUCGGCGCAUCUAGAAACUGCCAAGAUAUAACGUUCUGCGGGACAGGACCGGUAUCGGAACCAGAGACAAAAGCUGUCUCCAGCUUUAUAGAGAGCAAGAAGGACAACAUCGUGUGCUUCCUGACCAUGCACUCUUUUGGGCAGCUCAUUCUCACUCCUUAUGGCUACACUAAAAAUAAGUCCAGUAACCACGAGGAGCUGAUCCAAGUUGGACAGAAGGCAGCAAAUGCAUUGAAAGAAAAGCAUGGAACCAAUUAUAGAGUUGGAUCGAGUGCAGAUAUUUUAUAUGCCACAUCAGGGUCUUCAAGAGACUGGGCUCGGGACAUUGGGAUCCCCUUCUCAUACACGUUUGAGCUGCGGGACAAUGGUACAUACGGAUUUGUUCUGCCAGAAGCUCAGAUUCAGGCCACCUGCGAGGAGAGCAUGGCAGCUAUGCUCUCGGUCCUGGAUGACGUCUAUGAGAAAUACUGGGGCGUGGACAGUGCUGGAAAGGCGGCAUCUUCCGCCGUGGUGCUGGGCCUGCUAUUCUCCUUCAUGUCUCUUCUCUGAGUGCAUGCUCCCCACGCCGGCUCAGCCCCAGUGACGAGAACGUGGUUGCGGGGAUGGUGCUUGGUUGUCGUUAAGGAGGUAUCAAAUAAUUUAACCAAAGAUACUUCCCAUUUCAAUAA